AUGGGGAACGAAGCAGUCGUGAUCCGAAGCAGCGACCCCGUCUUCGGUGUGCGGCCAGACGGAUCCAUCUUUGUCCAGGCGGAGGGAGCCAGCUUGGAUGAACCGGUCCAGUUGAAACUGACAGCAAGUGGUCCGCACAUGCAGGCGUGGGAGACGGUGGUUCAGCUGGCGGCCAUCGACCUGCCGUUAAACGGGCAGAAUGAGGCCCCGCCUCCCGUCAUCAUGUUUUCGGGCUCCAGCCCCAACAGCACCAGGGGUCUGCGAAGACAGAAGAGGGACUGGGUGAUCCCACCAAUCAAUGUGGCGGAAAAUUCUCGAGGACCUUUCCCUCAGAUGCUUGUCAGUUUUCCUGGUGAGGUUCCCGAGAACAGGGUGGAUAUUGUUGUGGCCAAUCUGACGGUUAUAGACGCCGACCAGCCGCACUCGCCGAACUGGAACGCCAUCUACAGAAUCAUCAGUGGAGAUCCGUCUGGACACUUCACCAUCCGCACUGAUCCAGUCACCAAUGAUGGCAUGGUCAGCGUGGUGAAGCCAGUGGACUUUGAGAUGAACCAUUCCUUCAUGCUGACGGUCGUGGUAUCUAACCAGGCCCACCUAGCCAGUGGCAUCCAGUCGUCUCUCCAGUCCACAGCUGGAGUCACCAUAUCUGUUCAGGAUGUCAAUGAACCUCCAUAUUUCCCAACGAACCCCAAAAACAUCCGGUUUGAGGAAGGUGUUCCAGCAGGUACCAGUCUGACGACCUUCUCAGCCGCUGAUCCCGACAAACUUCAAAUGCAGCAAGUGAUCAGGUAUUCAAAGCUGAAUGACCCUGCGGACUGGUUGUCCAUCAACAGAACCAACGGUCAGAUAGUUACAACAGCAGUGCUCGACCGGGAGUCCAUCUAUGUGAAGAACAAUGUUUAUGAAGCCACCUUUCUAGCUACAGACAAUGGCUCUCCUGCAGCCAGCGGCACAGGCACGCUGCAGAUCUUUCUGAUAGAUAUUAAUGACAACCCUCCAGCGCUGGUACCCAGGGAGUCUCAGAUCUGUGAAAGGUUCAGCAAGAACGUCAACGGUGUCAACAUCACUGCUGCUGAUGCCGACGUGGACCCCAACGCCGGACCUUUUGUCUUCGAACUCCCCAGCUUUCCCACCAGCAUUCGACGCAACUGGACGAUUACGCGGAUCAGUGGUGAUUAUGCCCGUCUGGCUCUACGGUACCAGACAUAUUUAGAGCCGGGAAUGUAUGAGGUCCCCAUAAUUGUGUCAGACUCGGGCAACCCCCCGCUGUCCAACAGGUCAGUCAUCAAAGUAAAAGUGUGCCCAUGCGAUGAGAAUGGAGACUGCACCACUCUUGGGGCUGUGGCAGCCGCUGGCCUUGGAACUGGAGCUAUCAUCUCGAUCCUCAUCUGUAUCAUAAUCCUGCUCUGCAUGGUGCUGCUGUUUGUGAUGUGGAUCAAGCGAAGAGAGAAGGAGAGGCAGACGAAGCAACUGCUCAUUGACCCCGAGGAUGAUGUCAGAGACAACAUCCUCAAAUACGACGAGGAGGGAGGGGGAGAGGAGGACCAGGACUACGACUUGAGCCAGCUCCAGCAGCCCGACUCCCUGGACCACAUCAUCAGCAAGCCGCCCGGCAUCCGCCGGGUGGACGAGCGUCCCAUCAUUCCUGAGUCCCAGUACCCCAUCAGACCUGUUGUGCCCCACCCCGGAGAUAUCGGGGACUUCAUCCAUGAGGGCCUGCGGGCAGCAGACAACGACCCCACGGCCCCCCCAUAUGACUCCCUGUUGGUGUUUGACUAUGAGGGCAGUGGCUCCACCGCCGGCUCCGUAAGCACCCUCAACUCCUCCAGCACGGGGGACCAGGACUAUGACUACCUCAACGACUGGGGCCCCCGCUUCAAGAAGCUGGCCGACAUGUACGGAGGAGGGGACGAUUAA